AUGUCUGAGUUGGAGCCUGUGGGAAUGGGGCUCCGUGUCAUAGUGUCCCCCAUUCAAACAGCCUUUUACAUCCUCCUGACACUGAUGAUGGUGAGCGGCACCACACGCCCUCUGCUGGGCUGUGUGUGGGACUUCCCCUCUGCUUAUAGUGGGCUGGCCUAUGCCACCACCUCCAUGGUGAUCCAUGAGAUUGUGCCUAUCAUCCUCAUGGCAAUCACCAACCUGGGCUCCCUCUACACACUCUACUCCCAUGUCAGGACACGCAAAUCCUCCACUCAAGCCCAGAUCGCCCCCAUCAUCAAGAGGGUGCCGGCUGAGAAGAGAGCCGCCAAGGUGAUUCUAGCUCUGAUCAUGCUCUUCAUUGUAUCCUGGGGGACAAGCAUAAUCUCAGUCAACUACUUCAACUACAACCGCGGCUCAUCCUCUGAAUUCCUGCUGGUCAUAGCUCGCUUCGCUAACAUAAUCUUCAUUGCCUUGUCACCCAUGGUGUUGGCUGUAGGUCAUCGGGGUCUACGGUCAUUCAUCAAGUCUGUGCUGACUCACUGACAGAUCUUACACUUCAGCCUUCUGUCCUUCUCUAUACACUGUCAGAUGAUAACAUUGAAUGAGUUCUGACAUUUUUCUCCCUCUAUCAAAAUGUUUUGUGUUGAUUCCGGUCUCUGCAACAAAACCCAUUUACUUAUUUGUGUUUUUCUGCAGCACACAUACAUUUCUGUUUUGAAGAUUAUUAAGCUGACCAAGUUCAAUGUUGUCAAAUUACCAAACAAAUAAA